AUGGGAGUCAACAUCCGCCAUAACAAGGGCCAGAAAGUCUGGCACAAGGAGCCCAAGAGCCAGGACAUCUACCUGAGGCUGUUGGUGAAGCCCUACGGGUUCCUGGCCCAUCGAAUCAAUUCGACUUUCAACAAGGUUGUGCUGAAAAGGCUGUUCAUGAGCCAGACCAACCGCCCCCCGCCCCCGUCCCUGUCCCUGUCCCAAAUGAUCAGGAAGAUGAAGCAGCCAGGCAAGGAAAAGAAGACAGCUGUGGUUGUUGGGACUGUGACCGAUGAUGUGAGGAUCCAGGAUGUCCCCAAGCUGAAGGUGUGUGCUCUUUGUGUUACUAGAAAUGCCCAGAAUCAUAUCCUCAAGGCUGGUGGGAAGAUCCUUACCUUUGACCAGUUGGCCAUGAGCUCACCCAAGGGCAAGGAUACUGUCCUGCUAUCUGGUCCCCAGAAGGGCCACGAAGGAUACAGGCAUUUUGGGAAAGCACCCGGCACUUCCCACAGCCACACCAAACUGUAUGUCUAA